CCCCGGAGGAGAGAAAUGCAGUGCGUUGGAAGCAGUUCUCCCGGUGCCCAGGGCUCUAUGAAAAAGAGAAAUCAAAGAAAACACGCAAAAAUAAAGGACUAAGAAUGAGCUGCCUGCUAGGGCUUGGAGCCCUGCAGUGAAGAGAAGUGAACCAGAAGCCGAGCGCCUUUGAGUCGCCACCAAGAUUAGCCUGAGGUGCGUUCCGCACGUCCGCGUUAGGACUGGGAGACACGCCUUCUUCUCACACAAACCUUCCAGAUCCCCGGUCUCCGCGGACUCAGGGGUGGUGCUACAAGUCCGGCCACUUGCAGUCCUGACUGGCAGGGGCUGGGAACCGGCCGGCGUUGCACCGAUCCAGCGCCACAGGUUGGAAAAAUAGGAGCUGUCCCCAGGACUGUCGCCCUGGAAGGCAGAUCGUUGCUGGAGUCGGACCCCAGGAGUCCAAAGGCUUGGGAAGGGGGCAGGAAACCUCUGAAACCUGACACCUCUUGCCGCCGAGGAAACUUCGCAGGCUGAAAGGAGAACAAAACAUUGCAGAUGAAACUGGAUGAGGCUGUUCUCAAAGAUGCCAAGAAGGAAUAAAGGGAAUCUCAAAUGUAAGCAAACCACAGCUCUCUCCUAGGCCGUUUCUGGAACAGGAAUCUUUGAUGCCCUUACAGGAAAGGCCCACCAAGACCAUCACUAUGACCGAUGGGGACUAUGAUUAUCUGAUCAAACUCCUGGCCCUUGGAGAUUCGGGGGUGGGGAAGACGACAUUUCUUUAUCGCUACACAGACAAUAAAUUCAAUCCCAAGUUCAUCACGACAGUAGGGAUAGACUUUCGGGAAAAACGUGUGGUUUAUAACACACAGGGACCAAAUGGGUCAACAGGGAAAGCAGUUAAGGUACAUCUUCAGCUUUGGGACACAGCAGGACAAGAGAGAUUCCGGAGCCUCACCACUGCGUUUUUCAGAGACGCCAUGGGUUUCUUAUUAAUGUUUGACCUCACCAGUCAACAGAGCUUCUUAAAUGUCAGAAACUGGAUGAGCCAACUGCAAGCAAAUGCUUAUUGUGAAAAUCCAGAUAUAGUAUUAAUUGGCAACAAGGCAGACCUGCCAGACCAGAGAGAAGUCAACGAACGGCAAGCCCGGGACCUGGCUGACAAGUACAGCAUACCAUAUUUUGAAACAAGUGCAGCGACUGGCCAGAACGUGGAAAAGGCUGUGGAAACCCUUCUGGACUUAAUAAUGAAACGAAUGGAACAGUGUGUAGAGAAGACCCAAGUCCCCGACACUGUCAAUGGUGGUAGUUCUGGGAAGCUGGAUGGGGACAAACCAGCAGAGAAGAAGUGUGCCUGCUAAA